UUUACUGUUUCGGUGUGAAGUGAUUUCUUUCUUGCCACAGGAUGCUAUGAAGGGCGCUCAGGCAAACUCCGAAAUUGUGACAUGGAUGCAGUGACCUAUGAUGAUGUGCAUGUGAACUUCACUCGGGAAGAGUGGGCUUUGCUGGAUCCUUCACAGAAGAGUCUCUACAAAGAUGUGAUGCUGGAGACCUACAGCAACCUCACUGCUAUAGGCUACAAUUGGGAAGACCAUACUAGUGAAGAACAUUGUCAAAGUUCUAGAAGACAUGGAAGGCAUGAAAGAAGUCAUACUGGAGAGAAAAUCUCUGAAUAUACUCCAUGUUGUAAAUCCUUUGCAUAUCAAAGUCACCCUCAAAGGAAUGAAAGAAUUCAUACUGGAGAGAAACCUUAUAAAUGUAAUCAAUGUGGUGAAGCCUUUGCACGUUACAGUCAUCUCCGAAUACAUAAAAGAACACAUACUGGAGAGAAAUCCUAUGAAUGCAAUCAAUGUGGUAAAGCCUUUGUAUGUCAUAGUCAUCUCCAAAUACAUAAAAGAACACAUACUGGAGAGAAACCCUAUGAAUGUAACCAUUGUGGUAAAGCCUUUGUAUGUCAAAAUCAUCUCCGAAUACAUAAAAGAACACAUACUGGAGAGAAACCCUAUGAAUGUAACCAUUGUGGUAAAGCCUUUGCAUAUUACAAUAGUCUUCAAGUACAUAAGAGAUCACAUACUGGAGAGAAACCCUAUGAAUGUAGCCAAUGUGGUAAAGCCUUUGUAUGUUACAGUCAUCUCCAAAUGCAUAAAAGAACACACACUGGAGAGAAACCUUACAAAUGUAAUCAAUGUGAUAAAGCCUUCUCAUAUCAUAAUAGUCUCCAAAUCCAUACAAGGACACAUACUGGAGAGAAACCCUACGAAUGCAAUCAAUGUGGUAAAGCUUUUGCACGUCAUGGUCAUCUCCAAAUACAUAAAAGAACACAUACUGGAGAGAAACCCUAUGAAUGUAACCAUUGUGGCAAAGCCUUUGCACGUCACAGUAGUUUCCAAGUACAUAAAAGGACACACACUGGAGAGAAACCCUAUGAAUGUAUCCACUGUGAUAAAGCCUUUGCACGUCAAAGUCAUCUUCAAAGGCAUGAAAGAAUUCAUACUGGAGAGAGAUCUCAUGAAUGUAUUUAAUAUGGUGAAGCCAUUUUUAUAGUCUUCAUCAUUAUGAAAGUAUUCAUACUAGAGAGAUUCUAUUCAUGUAAGCAAUGUGGUAAAGCCUUUGUGUUCUGGGUCUGCUUAGAUCCAAUACAACUCCAACACCAGGUCAAUGCAGAUGACAAGAAUUUAUUGUAAUCAAGCCACUACUGACUAAUCAGGACUGUAGAAUAUACUCAAUACCUGAAAUGCAACCCAUGAUACAAAGCUUUUAAUCUUGAAAACCACAAACAAUGUGCCAGGUACAUUUUUUCUACGAGUCAGCACUUAGGGAUAGAGGCUUUCUUCAUGUGAUCGAACGAUGUCAAUGGUUACAGAAUAUAGAUUUUAUGAUCUAACAAAUCAUAUCCAUUUGUUCUUUGUGGUUAGGAAUAGUCAUUAUGUUUUAUGGAAGAAAAGAUGAACAGAAGCUGUUCAGCUAUUAGGAAGUCUCCAGCAACCCUAGAGCCUAGGAACUUGAACAUAGUUUCGUUCUAUGAUUAAACAAAGUCCAAUAACAAAAAAGCAGUACUUAGAA